AUGUUUGCAAACGACCUGCGAGGUUGGGUGAUGAGCGUCGUCUCAGGCGUUGCAUGCGUGCUUGGUUCAUCUAUCAUCUGCGUCGAUGUACUGGUCCAGGUGGUUUCCCGCCGCAGGAGCUUCCGAAUAGCCAACAGCAGCAACUUCCUGUCGGCGUCAUUAUGUCUCAGUGCUGGAGUCAUGCUCUUUACCUCCUUAUAUAGCAUGCUGCCCAACUCGAAGCAGUACCUCACCCGCGCCGGCUUCUCCCCCGCCGUAUCUGCAUAUGUUUUGAUCAGUCUCUUCAUUGCCGGAGUUGCAGGUAUUCAAAUCUUAUCCGCAAUCGCACACAGAUAUAUACCAUCUCAUGUUGUCGAUUGUGCCCAUACCCAUACCGAGUCAGAAACUGAUCCCGAGCACGGCGAGGCACACACGGACUAUGUUCACAAUGAUACAACUGCAUAUAAUGAACGAACACCGUUGUUGCAGUCUAACAAGGCAUCUUCAUUAAAGUCAAUGCCAGCGGUGUUACAACGGAGCCAACAUCCCGAGCCGGCACCCAGACGUGAGACGAUGCGGGCACUGCUGGCGCGCCGCAUUACGUCGCUCAUGGGUGGCGCAAAAUCUGCCUGCGACGAGGAUGGACCUUGUUUUGGAGUUUCCCAGGCUUGCGGGCAAGAAUGCGCCAAAGUGCUUCCGCUAUCCAACAGCAUUGAAACUGUGCGACCAGACCCGCUGCAUCAUGAAAGCAUAUCCGUGCCUCUAGAACCAGAAAUUCAGCAUGUGGAAACUGACCUUGGCAAAAAAAAUGCAUCUACUACACAAGAAGGUGGAUAUUUUGACAACAUCUCUGCACAGCACGACAAGAAGCCAUGUGUGUCUUCAUCCGCUUCGUCUCAGAUUCUAGACUCACAUUCAUCUCGUCUAUCUCAUUCUCAUUCCCAGCAUCAUCCACAUUCCGAGUCUCAUGGACAUCGCGAGGAGAUGGAUUCUGAGCGUCCCAAAUCUGCUGGGGGCAACCCCCAUCACCACCACGUCCCCAAAAAUGCAUUCCUCUCCAUUGGACUCCAGACCUCACUCGCUAUAGCUCUACAUAAGCUUCCUGAGGGGUUCAUUACCUACGCCACCAACCAUGCCAGCCCAAGCCUCGGUACGACAGUCUUCCUGGCUCUAUUUAUACACAACAUUGUAGAAGGAUACGCCAUGUCGCUUCCUCUCUACCUUGCCCUCAAUUCCCGCUGGAAGGCAAUGUUCUGGUCCAGCCUUCUGGGAGGUAUCAGCCAACCCGCUGGUGCUGGCUUAGCCGCAUUUUGGAUCUGGAGCACUGGGCAACACGGCAGUGACGAUGCCACGGGGCCCUCAUGGGGUAUCUACGGAGGGAUGUUUGCUGCCACCGCUGGAGUCAUGACUUCGGUUGCAUUACAACUUUUCAGUGAGGGACUCGCUCUCACCCAUUACCGUGGAAUGGGAAUCUGGUUCGCUAUUGCAGGUAUGGGGCUGAUGGGCCUCAGCUUUGCAUUGACCGCUUGA